AUGACUGCCUCCUCCCCUCCUACCUCGCCCACUUCCUCCUUCCACCCCUCGCGUCGUCCCUCUUCCACCACCACUCACCACACUCCCCUCUCCCCCGAGGAGCACCUCUCCCUCCUUUCCCUUCCCCUCCUCGAAUCCACCUUCUUCCGCUCCGUAUGUCAACAUAGACCUGCUGGUCCUGUGAAACAUUGGGCGGUCCUGGCUAUUGCGAGGGAUUUGAAUAUUGCCAUCAAGGGGUUGGUAGAUAGGGGAGCGGGAUUGAAGGGUAAGAAGGAGAAGGAGAAGGAGAGGGAGAGCGCGGCUGGUGGUAGUGUCAGGGGAAGAGGAAAUGCUCGUUCCAGAGGAUCGAAGAGGAAGAGGGGAGGAGGGGACAGUAGCGAGCCUGGAGGUAGUGGUCGAGGUGGACGGGAAAAGAGAGUCAAGGCCGAAGGGGACGAAACGGCGGGCGAUGAAGCAGAGGAGGCGGGUCAGGACGAGGAGCAGGAUCGACACGCUGAAGACAACGACGAGCGCGGCAGCGAAGUAGAAGGUCAAGAUGACGAGGAGGCACCUUCGGACGAGGAAGAGGAAAUGACAGAGGAAGAUGAAGCGGCCGAGGAGGUGCGGAAACUCAAGGCUAGAGGAACACUACAAGUCACGCCUGAAGUUGUAUGGACGAAGCUGGACGUCUUUUUCAAUACGGAAGGUCUUGAUGAGCUGGAAUAUGCCGCCAUGUCACCCUCCGAGCUAGCCUCCUCCGAGCCUGUCCGUUCUCGCGGCUUCAGCUCCUCUGUCAAGGAUCGGCCUUCCGGCAUCAAGGUGCAAGAGAAUGACGAUGACGAAGAAGAAGACGAGCCAGAAAAGGACGAAGACGACGAAGACGAAGACGAGUCUCACCCAAUCGACUUUGCCCUGGUCCCAGGACUGCAGUAUGAAGCUCACAUAGCGCCCAGGCGAACCCAGCCGGGAGAGGAGACACUUGCCCGAGCAGGAGCCGGGCUGACCUCUAGUGGUUCUGCAACACCUGCCAAUUACAAGAAGGGCGGACCGAGGAAGAAUGUCAAGCCGGAGGAAGAGACUGCGGGUGAUACUUCGAGCGAGCUCAGUGAGGGCGAAGGCGAGGCGGGUGUGGAAGGAGGUGAAGAGGAGGCGGAGGAGGAAGAAGAGGGAGAUGCAGACGAGAAGAUGACAGAGGUAGAAGGAGAGGCAGACAGUCAAGCCGAGCUUGCUUCUUCCCAUGCAUCUGAAGACGAGGGCGAUGCUGAAGAGGAAGAGGAAGAGGAGGAGGAGCAAGAAGAAGACGAGGAAGCGGACGAAGGGGAGGACGAUGAAGAUGCAGAAGAAGGGGAAGGGGACGACGCAUCCGACGAUGCUCGACAAACUCCCACCCGCAGUCGGGGACGUACAGCUUCUUCACGCGGUACUCCCGCCGCCGCCAAAGGCACAGGCACGGGCUCGAGAGGUGGUCGUGCCGGGCGGACUUCUGCCGCUGCUACUCCUGCUGCUGCAGCUACUCCCAAGACGCCUAGAGCAAGACCUUCUGCUGCUGCGACUCCGGCCAAGGGAACUCCAGCAUCGGCGGCUAGGAGUACGAAAGCUACGAGGAGCAAUGCUGCCUCGGCUACACCGGCUAGGAGAAGCUCGACGAGGAAGCGGUGA